CCCUUUCUGCUAAAAUGGGCACUUCUACAUUAAAACUACUGUUCUAAGUCAACAUUAGGCCACAUAAUAAAUCUGCAUUACUGCUAACGUUUCUGGGUUGUAUAACCCAAGUCCUCCAUAAGGUCUUGGCUUGUUGUUAUCCCUAUUGUCAGUGAAAUACCCGACUGACUGACUGACUGAUUUCCACAGGGUGUUUAUUUGUUGCACAGCGCACUUCUCUCCUGUUUUAUUUUUACGUUUGUGCUGUUACAAAAUGUAAAUUGUCAUCUGUUAAAGUUAGAAUUGUUUUUUUUAAAGUCCUUGUUUAGAAAUGAUAAUUAGUGUUGAUUUUAGUUGUCUUGUAAUUGAUAUAAAAAUGUCAUUAACAAAUUUUACAGAAUCGUGGAGGAAAAUCUCUCUGGUUCACACACAAGACCAAGACCUAUUCAACGAGGUCCCUAACGAAGAUUCUAUACGUUUAUCUGAGCCAUUGAACAUGCACAAACUUACCAAUGAGCUGUCAUCUUUGAUAUUAUCGGAAGGUUUGUUGGAUUCAAUAUGUCACAAGUUGUGUAUUCCAACGCCAAGAUCAUCAGUGUUUGAUGGAUGGACUAUUAUUCUUACUGGUGGUGGUGCUGGAAGUAAUAAUAGUCCAACGGCGGAUUCCGUUGAUGUCAAUCUUAUAGAACAACUGAUUGUCGCCUGUGGUGGGGAAAUCGCCGUGGAGAUAACACCUUCUUUGCUCAACAGACGACGGGGAAAUAGUUGUGAUGGAAGUUAUGCACAAGAGUCGGCAAUACAGCAAAAUCGGCAUAUAGCCUUAGUUUCAACGAACUGCUGUCGUACAUUUGCAUACUUGCAGGCGCUUGCUACGUUGGGUAGCAUCCCGAUACUAUGUACUGAAUGGCUACUGGAUGCAUGUCGAGAAGAUGCCAAGACAUCAAGUGGAGAGUCUCGUAAUUGGCCUCUCCAUUUAUUACUCACGUAUCCUGGCCGUUAUGAAUUGCCUAGAGGAUUCAUAUCUGGAUCCUUGGAACCAGUUAGUUGGUCGUCUAUUUCUGUGAGCUACCGUCAGUCUGCAUACGCGACAAACCCUCCCCCGCUUCCUCCGCCUCCUUCUCCUUCAUUGUUUUCUUUAUGCGGAAAGUGGGCAAGCAGAGAAAUUACUUUUUGCCUAGGCGCAAUAGUUACCAAUGAUAGGGAAGCCUUUGGAUCCGGUUGGUUGAAUAUUGUAUCGAUUGCAUGUGGAUUGAUCAAUGAAACAGCUGAAGGUGUUAGUUGUUCGUCGCCUAGUCGAAUUCCGAUAAUCCCUGUAUCUGAGGCAUGUAGACAGCUUUCAAUGAUGUUUCCGAUAACCAGAUGUAACUAUGGAUGUAAAUCUGUUGAGCAAAAAGUGAAUUUCGUCCUAGUCGACGAAACUGAAGUAAGUGUUCAGUGUAGUGACACACGGUUAUUUGCCUAUCAUCAUCCUCAUGUAUUUCACGCAUGUCCAAUGAACAUUAGAUUGACCUAUAUUUAUUACCUAAUUAGUUUUUCUACUCAUAAUCAUAUAUACUACACUUUAGUAUUUCCACUUACUGUCAAACUUUAACACACGCAGAAAAACUGGUUGUUGUUCUUGUCUAUUUUGUAAUUCGUCUAUAUUCAUAAGCUGGACGCCGACGUCACAGGGUACCCGGAUAAGCGCAGGUGGUACAUACUAUUCGAACUUCCAGAUGGAUAGGAUAAUCAAUCGAAACACUUCACUGGAAUCUUGAAUGAGGGUCUCCGAAAUACAGCAGACAUCGAUAGCGAGGCUUUCCAAUGUUCUUACCAACCCUGCGCCUGUUGUCCGAUUUGCAUCAGCGUCCGAACAUUGUAGGUGGCCAGUUUGAAUGCGGCACGUGGUUUCAGGAUAUCUGUGUUAGAUGCGACAUCGCAUUGGGGACAACCAUUUUGAAGGCUACUUACUCACUAACAUCUCGAAACGGCACAGAUAGGCUGGGAAUGCAGACAAAGGCGAAAGGCUGUCGAAGGUGAAGAAGUCAAGGUUAGCAAAGGUAAAAUACAGGAGUCUAUGUAUAAAACUUAAAAAGUAAGGUUGGAAAGACAUAAGUCACUUGAGACACCAUGAUUGCUUGAAAGCAUUGUUACGAGCACGCGAUAAGUUUCACUGAUAGUUUGUUGCUUCAUUUCAUUUAUUGUGUGAGGGCUGAAAUACUUACUGCCUGGGGCGCCCAGACCGAAGCAGGUGGUUUUCUUAAGAGACCACCCCUCUGUGCCUUUGACUUGGAGUCUAAUCCGCAAGGCAGCGUCAGGAGCUGCAUUCCCAUGAUUUCCGGUGACCCAUAUGGGUUCAUACGCUAUUUGAUCCGAUUGGAUUCUGUAGCCGAUGUACCCCAUGUCAACUGCUUUUAGUCUAACCGUUAUCCAGACAACUUUCGUGACAUGGUAGGACCUGCAGGGACAUGAGUCUCAGCCAGUUUAGCUUGUUGGGUCACUGCGAUAUUCAAGCCC